AUAUCAGUUCUCCCUUCCUCCACACCAGGAAAAGUCCACUAGCCCAUCUUUCAACCAUCAAAUUCACCACCUCUCAUCAGUCACAAUGGCCUCCCCCCGCGAGAAGAACAACACCAAGUACGCCUCCGAAGAUGAGACCUCGGAAGCACCCAGCGAGCAGCAGAAGCCUCAGCGCCGUCAGCGCCCCCAACGCAGGCAGAUGCAGAGACGCCAGCAGCAACAAUCAAGCGGGCCUCUCGACAACCUCGGUGGCAUUGGUGAUGUCGGCGGCGUCACCAACGGUGUGCAGAACACACUAGGCAACGUUGCUGGUGGUGCGCUGCAACAGCAAGGCGGCGGUGGUGGUGACAAGAGCGACACUCUUCGGUUGCGCCUUGAUCUCAACCUCGACAUUGAAAUUACGCUGAAGGCACGCAUCCACGGUGACCUCGAGCUGGCUCUCUUGUAAGUACCACUCAUUUUCUCUGUCUCCCCCCCCCCCCCCACCCUCUACAGUUACGGCCCUUCCUCUUGUCUGCGCUAGGUA